AUGAAUCUCGAAAUUGGAAGUAGCAAAGUAAGAGAAUGAAUGGAUCUGCAUGCAAUGCAAGGGUAGUCGAUCUCGUCGCUUACGAUCGGAUUUGCCGAUUGUAAGCUGCACUGCUUGCGCUCUUGAGAAUGACAAGUAACUGCCGUCGUCAUCGUCAUUAUCUCAAGUAUGAUGCUUUCUCCUUCUCGCUUCCGGAACGUCUGUUUUCUGAUCGACCGAGCAGUCAUUUAUGGCUUGCCCUAACUUGUUUUCAAUUCAGUUCGAAGAGGCAAUGUAUUUAGCGUCUCAAGCAUAACGAUGACAAUAGCCGACCAUAUUACAAUGACAGCGGAGGUGUAAGUUGUCUGUCCCGGAAUGGGGUCACCAGCAGAGCAGGCGAAUGCGAGAAUCCAAAGUAACGGAACUAGGCCCAAGACGUGCCCUGCUAUGGUGAUCAAAUCUCCGAGACCCAGUUGCGCAACACCAAGAACCCCCAGGGCUCCGAGAAUUUCCAGAACGGUGCCCCGUUUGCCGCUUUCUAACACUAUCGACCCCAUUUCCAGGCAGGUCAAGUAUGUGGAUCCUAACCAUCGGCAAUGUGUGCCGCACAAUGGACCAGCCACACCGCACUCAGCCAGCGACAGGUACUCUGGAUAUGGCGACCAAACUCAUACCAGCGCAAGAACCGUCCGGUACACUAGUGGAGACAUCUGGGCUAUACCGCACCAUGCCGUCCCAACAGGUUACAAGAACCCGAAAGCCUGGCUCAAAUUUGACGACCUCACAAGCAAGAAUUAUUAUGAGAAGAAAGUGCGCAAAACCGGGGAAGAGAUGGACUCCCUGAGCAAGAAAUUGUGUGCCUACUCCCCGAAUGCCUCUCGCAAUUUACGUAGAGAUGAAACUCGGACACUCGUGGGGCUUUACUCCAGAGAUUGUCGAAAUGCAAGUUACCUCAGAAUGGUGAGAGUUAAACAGGGCUACUUCAAGACCCCCAUGACCACCAACCAAUCUUACUUGAAAGGAUUGCAAAACUCCACUGGAUUUAACAAUCCCGUUAUCUUUGCUGACAAGUCAAAAAUUUAUCACAGGCUUCAGAGGAGGUUUAACUAACGUGAUCAAUUGAACCUUGGAGAUUUCAAGGACAAAAAAGCUUCGAUUCCCGUGAGAGCAAUCCACAACAAUUCUAUGCUUUAGAGGUUGCUGAGGCACAAGAAAAAGCGCUUGAGCAAACCAAAAAUCUCAGGUAGGCAGCUUUUAGUGUUUGAAUAAAAGGAAUUUACCAAGGAAUGUGAAUUGCUUUCUCAAGCAAUGUUCUCAAACUUAGGCUAUGCCGCUCUCCUGCUUUAGCCCUGGUAAAGUUUGAUAAACGAUUAUGAAUUUCACAGCUUUACAGGACGAAUGAGAGCGCCAGUAAGAAAUUGAAAGCCCAAGUACUCACAAUGUAUCUUUAAUCCUUUUCAUACUCCAUCCCCACUUCGCUCACUCACCCCAGACUGACAUUUCUAGAAAUCUGAGACUUGCGUUGAAAGACGGUGCCUGCUGCGACGAUUGAUACUGCACAAAGAGGUGAUUGUAGAACUGUACACCUCAAGGAAUGUACUCCCUAGCGAUCUGAUGUAAGAGAAAGGAAUCUCUCUGUGAGCCGGAAGCUAAAAGUGGUUACUCAUUGUGAACUUCA